AUGGAAGCGAGCGGCCGUCCAAGUUCUUCAAGGACGGAUAUCAACACGGCACGUGUUGAAGAAAUCAUCCAAAGGGAUCGACGAGUAACCGUGCGUGAGAUUGCCUUAGAGUUGGACCUGAGUUAUGGUAACGUUCAGCGUAUCGUGUCCGAUGAGUUGCGAUAUUCCAAAGUUUGUGCCCGCUGGGUUCCACGUGCGUUGUCCACGGAGCAUAAGGCCACUCGAACCACGUUAGAAAUGUGCAGCCUCACAUUUCUACAGCGAUACCAUUCAGACGGCCAACACUUCAUUGAUCGCAUCAUUACCGGUGAUAAAACAUGGCUUCAUCACUUCACCCCCCGCAUCCAAAAGAGCCAGAUGGAGUGGAAACACGCUGGAUCACCGACGAGGAAGAAGUUUAAGGUCACACCCUCUGCCGGUAAAGUGAUGGCAACCGUUUUCUGGGAUACGACUAGUGUUAUCCUAAUCGAGUAUUUGGAGCGUGGCCAUACCAUUAAGGCCAAUCGUUUAUUGUGCCACCUUAACGAAAUUGCGUGA